AUGUUGUGGGCUGCCAGAUUUGAGCACCAUUUGCUUGUCUGCCAUAUGUUUGAAAAUUUAUCUCUUCAUGACUGUCUACACAAGGCUUCCCCGCAGCAGCUGGGACUGACCACAGUGUGUCACAUCCUGCAGCAAAUGAUUUCUGCUGUCCACCAUCUCCACAGUCUGAGCAUUGUCUACCUUUACUGGAUGAGUAAAAACAUUCUUAUCAGUUGCCAGGCAGGAGAGUCAUUUUGUGUGAAACUGUCGAACUUCUCUUGCUCCGUGUUCCUGGACAGCUAUGAUGGCCACUCUCUAUAUCUAACCCUGCCUCCUGCUAUCAUGCCCCCUGAG